AUGGAGAAGAACUUCAAGAUCUUUGUGUAUCCCCAUAACACAGACAAGCGUUCUACUGCCUGUAAUAGGCCAACGGUGCUUGGCUGCUUUAGGGGUGAAGGAUACUUCUAUCACAAUCUCAAUCACAGUCAGUUCUUGACCAAAGAUCCUGAAAAGGCUCACCUUUUCUUCAUUCCUAUUUAUUGUCAUUCGAUGUCUCCUGAGGAAAAAUCCAAGAAAGAAAGGGCUAUUGCUGUUCAGGAUUUUGUCAAUUUCCUUAUUUCCAAGUACCCUUACUGGAACCGAACUUUAGGUGCCGAUCACUUCUUUGUAAGCUGCUCAGAAGUUGAUGUGGCUGCUACUGCACGAAUUGCUGACCGUUUAAAGAACUCAAUUGGACUCAUGUGUUCUCCUAGUUAUAAUAGUAAAUAUGUUCCUCAUAAGGAUGUUUCCCUCCCACAAAGUGUGCAGCCAUAUGCUUAUACUGAAGCCAGAAAUAUAGAAAAGAACAGGACUAUGCUGGGUUUCUGGAGUGGUGUUGAGGAUUCUUAUAUAAGAGAGCAGCUGUACCUCACCUGGGAGUAUGACUCAGAACUUUACAUCGAAGCCAGAGAUUGGCCUACUAGUAUUGAACAAGGACAUUGGCAAGCCCGUGAGGAUUUCUACAAUUCUAAGUUUUGCAUCUGUCCUGGAGGCCCUCAGCUUGAUGGUUUUAUAGCAUUCGCAAUUCACUAUGGGUGCAUUCCAGUUAUCUUAUCUGACUACUAUGAUUUACCAUUCAACGACAUUCUUGAUUGGAGGAAAUUUUCUGUAAUACUGAAGGAGAAAGAUGUCUAUUCGCUAAAGAAAAUCCUUCAGGAUAUACCAAAGCAAACAUAUGAAUCUCUGCAGAAUCACACAUUCAUGGUCCAGAAGCACUUUCAGUGGAACUUAUCUCCAGUAAAAUAUGAUGCAUUUCAUAUGGUCAUGUAUGACCUGUGGCUGCGCCACCAUGUUACCAAGUACCGGUACUAG